AGGGCUUAAGAAGGGCUGAGGUUGGAGCCGGCGGCCAGAAGGAGACAGCCCCGGCCAGCAGCACCCGCUCCCUGAAAGGGGGAAGGAAGAAAAGAAGGGAAAACCAGCGCUGCUGCUGCCCUGUGGGUGAUGGAGCCGGCUCCUGUCCUUCUCCUCCUCGGCUCGCUGUGGGGCUGCAGCGGUGGCCCCGCUGACAGGCUGGUGGUGACACCGCGGGAGCCCGUGGUGCCCUUUGGGGGCUCGACAGAGCUGAACUGCUCCUUGGCCUGUGCAGGGGGCAAGGUGGAGUGGAGGGGGCUGGACACUGCCCUGGGGACCAUCUCCUCCUUCUCCACCCACAGCAUCCUGCACAUCAGGCAUGCCACAGUGGCCACGGAGGGCAUGAAGAUCUGCCUGGGCAAAUGCCACGGGCAGCACUACCAGAAAACUGUCACACUGAAGGUCUACGCUCUCCCAGACACGCUGAGACUGGAGGCAGCUCCCCACAUCCUGCGCCCAGGACACCCUGCCAACCUGACCUGCUCGGCCACGCACCUGUAUCCCCCCACUGGGCUGGCCCUCACCUGGUACCGGGGACACCAGGUGGUGGAGAACCUUACAGAUGUUGACUGCAAGGAUGCUGAUGAGGAGGAGCUGUGUAACAUCGUUUCCACCCUGUCGGUGAAGGGGACAGAGGUGGCAGAAGGGGAGGAGUUCAGGUGUGAGGUGAAGCUGCACGUUGGGCUGGAGACCUUCACCAGGGUGGCAUCUCUGGUGGCAAGUGCUGAGGCUGUGAUGACAGCAGCCAUGGUCACCUCCACGGGGAGCCCCGGCACAGCCAGGCCCGUGGCCAGCACAGCACUCCCUCCAGGGCCAGGUGUCCCUACAGGUGACCCCACCACAGCACGGGGGCCCAACGCUGGCACCACUUUAGAUCUGGCUGCUGUCACCAAGCCCCCCUCCACGGAGCCCUCUGUGCCCCAGGACCCCAUGGCGAGCACCGACACGGCAGGUGUGGCCACCAGCACCCUCCCUGGCUUUGGCACGGCGGCGACAGGGCCACCCCAGGGGACAAUGCCCACCUGCAGCCUGCAGAUCUGGUCGCUGCCUCCCACCGGGAUGAGGGGCAGGGCUCUGCGCAUCGAGUGCCACGCUCGGUGCACCGGGAACGCCACGGUGGGCUGGCUCCGGACCCCCGCAGCCCUCUGGCAGUACCGGGAGGAGUCUGCGGGCAGCAGCUCCGCCCUGCGGCUGGACAGCGCCGAGCCCUGGCACCAGGGCCACUACCAGUCCGUCCUGCUCGGCCACCGCGCCCAGGUGGCCAGCCUGGAGGUGCUGGUGGUGGAUGAUUCCUUCAGCUCCAGCCCUGCCAUCGCCAUGGGCACAGCGGGAUCGCUCUUGGGGCUCAUCGCGACCGCUGCCGUGUCUCGACGCCUGUGGAAACGGUUCAGAUCUCGGUAGCAGCUGUCCUGGGAGUGGGAGCUGCCGGUGGCCCCGGCCCUCCAGCCGUGUCCCUGCUGUCCCCCGGCUGUCGCUGGCCCCUGGCCAGCAAGAAGGAGCUGGAGGGGAGCAGCUGCCGCGGGAGGCAAAGCCUGGAAAGACAAUGAGCACAGGCGACACAGGACUGAGACUGGACCCCCGCGGGCUGGCACCGAUCACCAGGCUGGGUCCGGUGCCUGGGACUCCCGGGACCAGCGGACGGGCGGGAGCACGAAGGCCGCUUGUCUGUCACAACAGAAGGCCCCGGGGAAGCGUGGGCUCGGUGCACGGGUGGGACCGGUGCUCCAAUAAAGAGCUGUUUUCCGUUCGA